AUGGCACGAUUCCUCGUAGACGAUGUUCUCCGCGAAAUCUUCCUGCACGUCGCCAGUCCCAAUCCGUUCACCAGCGCCUACACGAUCGAUGGACUCCACGAUCUAUAUCCAUGUCUUUUCGUCAACCGAGCUUGGUGCGCUAUCGCCAUGCCAAUCCUCUGGUCUCAACCCUUUCAUUUUCUCAAGGACAAGCCCGAGGCUGGCGCCGCGGUGAUCAACAUGUACCUGAGAUUCUUGGACGACAAAGAGGCGGAACAUCUGCUGAGUCAAGGAAUUGAUGUUUCUUUGAUGUCAAACUUUAGCAUGCAUGGCACCCGAUUUCAACAAUCUUACUCGGACGAUUCGGAUUCGGACUAUGAGGGCGAUCACCCUACCUACUCGAUGGACGUCUGCGAAUACCGAAGACCCCCGAUGUUUAAUUAUCCCGGAUUCCUACGUUCCCUGUGGUACGAAUCGAUGGUGCAGGCCGUGGAAUCUUGGUGUUCAGAAUUAUCCGAGAUCAUGAAUCCGUCACCACCCGAAGACGAAGACGUGGACAUGAUGGAGGAACCGGAGGACACUUUGAUUGACAACGCCGAGGUUUUCUUGAUGCGAUCGAUACUAAGAACUUGUCUGAGCCGAGGAUCGAGGUUGUACGGACUAUUCCUGAACCCCGACCGGUUGGAUAAAUUGAACGACGAGAUGUACGAGAUGUUAUUGGUCGACGAUGAAUUUAGGGAUUUGGUGUCUCCGGUCAAAUCGUUGGAGAUCAAUGGAAUGAUCAGGAAAGACAAGGUUUACGUGAUGUUGGGACAGAGGUGUCACAAACUGGAAUCCUUACACAUACACAGCCUCUGGGCGCGCCACCCCGAAGAAAGACACAUCGAUAAUUUUGGCGAUGCCAUCGCCUCCCUGAUCUCCUCCCAAUAUUCAUUACUCUACUUCACACUUUCAAACUGUAAGGCCUACACCCGGGCCAUCCUCAUCCCCCUGAAAUAUCAAUCCUCAUCAUUACGCUACGUGCGAUUCGAACAAGUGGAUUUCCUAGGAUGCGGGCCGUGGGACAGUGUUGCCGGGUGCAAACGAAUAGAAUUCUUGGAGGUUUACGAGUGCACCAACCUGGAACAAGAGAUGGUCGCACCGGUUAUCAAGGCGAAGUUUGGCAAAGAUUUUGAAGCUAGGUACGUGAGUUCUUAUCAGUGCCAGGAAUUUAGAGAUUGGGUGGACAAAAUUAGUGGCGGG